GAUGCCAUUGGAAGAUCUAUUGUGGUACGAAGAGAAAAAGGAACUGGGGCAUCAUUUUCUUGAACAAAGCAUGGAAUACUCCCUGUACACAAGGUCUCUCAUGCGAACGAUGUACUUGGAAAGUAUAUUAGCUGAUGAUCUUGACAAAAUGCGAGAGAUGAUAAUAAAUAACACAAUGGCAUCUCCAUCUGUCGUGCACGGAACUAUCUGGUUCGACAACAUGACUGAAUAUAUUAACAUUUUAAAAUAUAUUCAGGAUAAAUUGGCUGAACGAAUCGCACAGGAAGCAAACGAAGAAAACAGUGAUUUAGAGGAGGAAAUGACACUGCGGGCAAUAGAGCUGGCCGUAGCAAUAAUAUUGAUCCCCAUCGUUGUUGUCCUCGUUCGAAACAUUAUCAAAAAAAUUCAUAGAUUCUCAUCCGAUCUACAAUUCAAAACAUUCGAGCUUGAGGAAGAGAGAAAACGCACGGAAGAACUGCUUUAUCAACUGUUACCUCGAACGAUUGCCAGAAAACUUAUGCAAGAAGGCAACACAGUUCCGGAAGCAUAUCAUUCGGCCACAAUAAUGUUCUCAGACGUCGUUGGAUUUACAGAAAUAUCCAGUCAAAGCACCCCGAUGCAAGUGAUUAGUAUGCUAAACAAAUUGUACCUCACAAUUGAUGGUCGUCUCGAACAAUUUGAUGUCUAUAAAGUAGAAACUAUUGGUAAGUAA